GCACUAUAGUUCAUGGAUGAUAUGGCUCUACGCCUAUUAUUUGCCGUCACUUGCGUGACUGACCGCAACAGCGCUGGCAGCGUCAAAAUGCGACGGUGCCGGCAUCUGCUGCCGGGAUCAAGGGGACCUGCCAGAGCCGGGAGCUUGCUGCAUCACGAUCCCGCUUUCCAGAUGGCGUCCGCAUAUGAAGAGCGCCUCGGAGCGGUCACGCAGCACGCAGACACGCCGCCACGUGAUCAGAAGGCAGGCCCGGACGGCGCCGUGUCACCCGACUGUAGUAGCUGUGGGCCCAGCGGUUGGAUGGCGAGCGCCGCCAGCUGCUCGUCCCAGGUCGGUUCCCGCUCAAUCUCGUCGCGGCACGCCGAGAACUUCGAAGGCAUCACGCUGGGUUCGAGAACGGGCGCAACCAUUAUUGGAAGAGCUGUAGGAACCGAGUGGGAGUACUCGCCAUGCCAGCAGUGGACCGUCAGCACCACUGGAGGAUGUGGGUCCGUUGGGAGAGCCGGCGUUGGCAAAAGGGAGGGCAGCCAGACAAUGAGCCGCCUGGAGCGGUACUUGGCGCUGUCGGCGCUGAUCCUAGCCAACAGCGCCGACCGCUGCCUCACCGAGGACACCACCGACAACCAGGACCUGUUCGUCGUGAACUCAGACUCAGCCCUAGGACAGUUCUCCGCCAGCGAGAAGGAGAACACUGGUGCAGCUGCUUACGGAGGCACCGGAGGUGUGCUCGCAGAGGAAGAUGACGAGCCGUCGUCGUACGACCGGCGUCUCCUGCUCCAGGCGUUAAUCGGCAAGCGGGGAUUUGGCGAGCGAAAGCGGCGCGGUUUCGGCGAGAAGAAAAAGCGCGGCUUCGGCGAGAAGAAACGAGGUUUCGGCGAGAAGCGGCUUCGGACGACAGCUGCGGCCCACCGGAGCCUACUCGCCGUGCCCUCGGCCAGGGCCCCGUCGGGGGCCCGGGUUCUGCUCUUCGAGAACCCUUACGAAGGCUCGUUGCCCUGACUAUGGGCCGCAAAUUCGAAGAUUUCGCACAAGUUGAGGGCGGUUCCGGCAGGGGACGAGAAGACCGCGCCCAAAGGAGCUCACACAGCCAGCCAAGUAAAGCGUUAUCUCUCACAAUAAUGGGCAUGGCUGGCAAUUCGCCGGCUGUAGCAAUUUCUUGGACCUGUGGGUAAGACUCAGCUGCUGUUGUCGACUCUGAGCCAUUUGGAUGCUCGAAUACAGUUUUGCUCGAAUGCAAAACUCGCAUGCUCGAAUGAAGAACUGGACCCACUUUCGAGAGGCCGCCAUGCAGGAACACCGAAUUAAAAGAUAAUAAAAUACUAAAUAAAAGAACGAA